AUUCAGACGUGUGCAUUUUAAGAUAAUAGUGUGUGCGCGAUCGAUGCAUGUCGCUCGCCCAGCUGACAUCCGUGUGUAUGUUGCGAAGGACCACUCAUCUUAUUUUCAGCGCAACACGACCGACAAAAUAGAAAUAACAUACAUUUCUUGCACGACGGACGUGAUUUCUAUACGCUUCGUACUACCUGUACUGUGGAAAUUCUCGGCUGGUCUUUGUUGAAUGUAACAGCCCGUGGGACCUUCCUAGGCCUUCUGGUUUUGAGAUGAGCGCCAUGGAAAGUAACUUUUCACACUCCUACAGAAAUGCCUCGUCCAGUACAAAUGGUCAUGAGCCAGGCAAGCAUUAUUCACUGGACAACAUGGACCUGCCGUUGAAGUGUCGGAUCUGCGGUGACAAGGCCUCGGGCUUUCAUUAUGGUGUCCACUCCUGCGAAGGUUGCAAGGGUUUCUUCCGUCGGACCCACCGCAUGAAGCUUCAGUACAAGCCGUGCCCGUACUCCAAGACCAAGCCAUGCAAAAUCAGCUUGUCUACAAGGAACAAGUGCCAGUAUUGUCGCUUCCAAAAGUGCAUUGCAGUCGGCAUGUCACAUGAUGCCUCGAGGUUUGGCCGGAUGCCUCGCGAGGAGCGCCUGCGCCUCAUGGAGGAGCUGACCCACGAGGAGCACGAGGCCAGCGAGGAGGACAAGAGACGGGCCGAGCUGCGAGAGCUGACAGAGCGGAUCCACCAGGCCUACAAGGACAUCUGGGCCAUGAGCUUCCACCCGACGCUGGAGGCAAGGACCAACAAGCUCAAGGAAGAGAGACUCGGUGUUAUCGAGGAAGUAAAUAUUGACAUCGACACACGGCCCAUGCGGGAGCUGACAGACAUUGACGACAUCGCGGCCUUCCUGCGCAACGCCCUGCAGACGGCCAUCGAGAGCCUGGCCCAGUUCGCCAAGAAGCUGCCGGAGUUCCGCUCGCUGGAUAUCAAUGACCAGGUCUCGCUGCUCAAGCACGCGGGCUUCGAGAUCGCCAUGAUCGCCACGGCCUCCCGCUACAUGGCCGACGGGCUUUGGUUCCCCUCGGGCGGCGUCUACUUCAAGAAGAGGCUGCUGGAAGACCUGGACACCAUAUUCUUCGAGGACAAGUUCAAGUUCUUUGAGAAGAUGAAGAAGUUGAACCUGACGGAGAAGGAGCUUGCGCUGUUUUGCGUGCUGGCCCUGGCAGCUCCUGAUCGGGACGACCUGACCCAGCGGGAGGAAGUGGAGAAGUUCCAGGAGGUGAUCCUGGAGGCGUUGGAGUGGGAGGUGCAGCAGAAUCACCACGGCAACCCGCUGGUCCUGCCCCGCCUCCUGUCCCGUCUGGUAGACCUGCGGCAACUCAAGCUGGAGCACGUCCAGCAGAUCCAGCAGCUGAUGCUGCUGGACGACCCCCGCUACAACGGGCCCACCCCGCUCAUGAUGGAAGUCUAUGGAUUAUGAUCCAUAACUACUUUUUAUUGUUGCCUCUUACUCAUGAAUAUGUAUGAGGUAUUGUAAUACUGGCUACAGCUUAAAAAGGAAGUGUUUUAGGUAUCGUUUUGAGGAUUGCGCAGUCACCAAUGAAGUGUGUUAAACCAAAGAUUAUUAUGCUAAGCAUUUUGGCUAAGCAACUUUUCACAAUUGCCAGUCUUUUUUGGUAUAAAUAUAUAUAUAUAUAUUAAUACUUUUUAAAAACUUUUUUAGACAUUGUUACAUAAAGGCUUUACAUUUCUCAGGAGAUAAGACGUGGUGUUAUAUCUUGUGCUUGGGUACUGUAAUUUCAUUGGUCUAGAACGGUCACGUGUCCAGCUUGUAAAAAUAAACUUUUACUUCAUAUACACUGCGUUCCAUAUAACCUCAUAUACACUGCGCUGCAUAUAAAUUGCGCACUUUGCGCGUGCGUGUAGGGCCUGCCCACGCGCUCACAACUGGACAAAGAACUUCAACCGCUCAGUCUCGUGUCCGGUAGGAAAGCCUGCAGUUAUCAAAGGUUACACCGCACUGAUGCAAUUUAUUUCUUGCUUAGUUUUGAAGUUACAACUAUUUAUCUUUUUUGACUUAAUGGCAUGAUAUAACAGAACAAUUGUUGACUGGUGUGAUGUGCAAUAUGUCGUUUUUAACCCCUUUGGGUGUUAAAACGGCAUAUCCCACAUCACAGCUAUCAACAGUUGUUAAUUACUUUUCAAUUUGCAGACUCACAUUCACUUUUUUUUCAGGAAAUGAAUUUCUUUUGAGGAAAUGUUUGCUCUUUAUGGCAGGGUUUUAUUUAUUUUUCUUUGCAGGUGUGUGGUAAGUUCGUAUUUUUUUUGUCCGCAAGUGUCACAUAUUUAGAAGACUGAUGUGAGCAUGUACGAUGAACUAAUUUUUUAACCAGUUGGUUGAAAAGUUUUAGAUCUUACAAUGACAAAUUGCUCUGUGCAAUAUGUACAGGGAAAGAAUGGAGAGGGAAAGAUUACAGCGUGUCACAGUGUACAUGUGGUAAUAAGCCUAUGUACUGAUGACGUCACACCCUGUCCAUAGUCACACUGGCUCCAUAGGAAAGUGCACAUGUAAACAAAGUGUGACGUCAUCAGUACAGAGGCUUAUUGCAUUUGCAAGUAUGCCAACAUGUUAAAAAAAAAGAAUAAAAAAUUACAUUUAUAUGCAACGACGCACAUUUUUCUUUACAUUGCAGUGAGGGGAUACACUGUGUACUUUCCUAUGGGAGAAAGGUUUUAUCCCCAUUCUCGAGUGGAGACUAUUAUUCAUGUUGUUCACGUAGGCCUAAUGAAAUUUCAGACUUUACCUCCUUUAACCCUAACAGAACUCAACCCAUCAAACCCCAACAGCAUGUUUUGUUGGAAUCUGUCAGGAUGGGUACAGUGCCCCUAAACUGACAGUCUUUUACAUUGGGUUGGCACACCUCCAGAAACAAAGUCAGAAAUAUGUGCAUGCAGUUUCCCAUAUGGUGUUGGAAUUUGCCAGGAUGGGUAUGGUUCCUAAUAAAUCAUGCUAGGGAGUUAGGGUUAAAAAAACAAUCCUCCGAAGCCAUGAUUCAGAAAAGAAAGAGGAAUUUCCCACGAUAAAAUUAGGAUCCCACUUAAAUGUUAUAUGGGGAAAAAAUUGAAAACUGUUGGGAAAAAAAGGAGAAAGUGAAAUCCUAGACGGGAAUCGAUGCAGCAACAUUGAUACUAUGAGCUGUGCUUUUCCACUGCGCCAUCGGGUUGCUCGGCCUGGAUCAGCAAAUUUUUGUAUUGUACAUGUAUACCCCGAGCGUUUGUACAAGUAUGUACGUAUGUGAAUAAAAGGAUUGUAGAGUGCAAUCUCUACCUUUAUUCAAGUCGCAUAAAAAUUGAUUACCCCGUCGCCGGGACCUGUUUUUCCAAAGAUCGAUUCAGAAUUUGAAACCAAAGCGUACAUUUUGGAAUGAUUUUUUUAUUUUUCCAAUUUUUAAUACAAAACAUAAUUUUUCUAAUCACAGUGUGUAUUUACAGCAUUAAAUGUAUAUAUAUCAUUUAUUUUUGUAGAUAUAACAAAAGUUGUACAAAAAGAAGUAUUUUUCUAUUAAUUUUAGCCUCUUUCAGUGUAAGCCUUUAAUCACAUUUAGUAAUGACAUUUAUUAUUUUUGUGUUAUGCUGAAGAAAGAAUAAGAUGAUUUAGUGAUAUGUUAGAUUGUUACAAGAUAAUACUGAGUUACAUGUACACAUUUUUCUUGAGAAAACAAUUCAUGACAUUUCAUUUUAUACAACAUUUGAAUAAAACCCCGUCAUCUGAUUGGUUAGUUGUUGAUAACGUGUCAUUGAAAGAUUCAUCAAAACACAUGGCACGGCCGCAUUGCAAAAAUAGAAGUUCCAUUCAACAGUAAAUAUAACUUCCAUUGCACGGUCACACAAUUGGUGGUUCUGACCAAUCAGAUGACGAGGAUUUAUUCAGGUGGUGUAUAAAAUAAAAAUCAAUGUUUUACAUUUUUUGCAAUGGAAAGAAUAAUUUCAUUCAGUGACAGAUGGAAUGUUUCAUUACACUCGGUUUCACCUCGUGAAAUGAAACGCUCCAUCUGACACGUCAUAAAAUUAUUCUUACCAUUGCACUCAUAAACAUGUAUUAUUUGUAUAACAUACAAAGGCAUAUUGUUUAAAUAUAACAAAGACAUAGCCUGCUCAGAAACAGUUUGCAUCAUUAUCGUCUCUUUUUACUUUCUAAUAAACAAUAUCAGUUAUGGCUUAGUUUUAUGGACGUGAUGCUGCAACUCAAGAGUCAAACCUUUCUGGUUAACAUCAAUGGUCCAAGCUUUAUAAUUGAAAACAGUUAUAAACAACUUGUCAUUUGAAAAACAAAAGAAACUUUUCCUUCUGCUGUUAACUACAUGUGGGUCUGCAUUACAGCUGUACAUAAAAAAAGUAAAAAUAGAGGAUUGUUUAUCUUUGAAGGUUCGGCAAAUUUUGCAAUGUAUCGUGGUGCUUCUUUUUAACAUGACAACUUUGUACAGACUUCGCAUGGGUAAUGCUUUCCAAAUUUUCCAGUAUAUAUAUAUAUGUACAGUAGUCUUUCUAGAAGUUAUUUCCUUAUAUGUCAUUAAACUAUGCAUUCUAGUUUUUAGCAAUGUUCAAAACUACAGCAAAGAUCCAAAGACAGAGGUGGUAAACUGAUUUCAUAACGGUGGAAUGUAAAUGUUAUAUUGUUGCUGUUCACGAAAUUAUACACAAAUGUUUUAUAUAUUGGCAAUAAAUUUACAGAAAAAA